GCGGCCCGGGGCGGGCAUGGAGGAGCGCGGAACGGUCUGAGCCGUGUGGGGCCGGUGGGUGCGGGGCGCUGCUGGGGGUGACGGGAGGAGGGGAGCAGCGGGGGGACACCGGACCGGGGGGAGUAGCAGGCCUUAAGGGUGAUUGGGGAAACGUGGGGGGGACGGCGGCCCUUGGGGGUGUGGGGACGGUCCGUGGAGCGAAGGGGGUUUCGGGCCCUCGGUUUGUUAUGUGCCCCGUUUGGAUGAGCCCCGGCCAGCAGGGACUCGGGAUGCUGUACUCCCAGCCCCAGUAUGCCCUCUGUCCCCUAUGGGACAGCGUUGUGUGGGGCAGCGAUGCUUGGGUGCUCCCUGGGCUGCUGGGCCGGGUGGGUCCUCGCUUUGCCUCUCCACAGCCCAGUGCUGGCCCUGCCAGCUGCAUUCAGGCACCCCGUCCUUCAGUCAGAGCAUUAGUGGGGCUGGCCGGGCAGGGGGUCCAGCUCUGCCCUCACCUCUGUGGCUGCAGCUGAAUCCCUAAAGCUUCCAUCCCGCGGUAAAUGAAUCCAGGCAGAGCAGCCAAACCCUGAGGUGGUCGCAUGGUUUGACAUCACCCCUCGCUGCUCCAUGGCAGCAGCACCGGGCACUGAGUGGGAUCCUGCCCUGUGCCCCUCAGCAGCAGCUCUUUGGGCUACAGCCUGAGGUCGCGCUGCAGGACGUGACCCUGUGUUGCCCUUGGUCCUGCUGAUAAUUGGCUUCAACGGGGAUUGUCUGCGAGGAGGAUUUGUUGUAGAGCCCGAGGUGAGGGAGGAAGCCAACACUCAGCAUCGUGGCCCUUUGUCCCUUGUCCCCAGGUGGAGGGGAGCCAGUGUGGAUGGGAGAGAUUUGUACCAUGCGCAGCGGAGCGAUGGUUUGGGGCUGAAGUCCAUCAGCAUGCUCCAGGUACCACUGCCCCUGGAUCGUGAUGGGAUCCUAUUCCGGCUCCGUUUCACCACUCUGGCUGUUGGGACUGUGUUUUGCCCCUUGUUUGGUUUCCUUUUCUGCGUGAUUUGGUCUCUGCUCUUCCACUUCCAGGAGACAACAGCCACCCACUGCGGGAUCACUGAAGUCUUUUGUCUGCUGAGGACUGAGAGAGUCCAUCCCUCAGAGCAGGGGAAGAGCAACAUCAACUACAGGAUGGUCCCAAACUACCUGCCUUCCAUCAGUGCUGCCAUCGGAGGAGAGACCCCGCAGCGCUACGUCUGGCGGCUCUGCAUUGGUCUGCACUCAGCUCCACGUUUCCUGGUGGCCGUUGCCUACUGGAACCACUACCAGAGCUGCCACUGCUCCCACCCUCGCUACCUGCGCCUGUGCCACUUCAACCUGCUGCUCAACCUGCUCGAGAACUUUGCCCUCCUCAUCCUGACCUAUGUGUCCUCCUCAGAGAACUAUGGUACGUGGCUCCUUCCCACUCUGCAUCAACCCCUGCAUGCAAUCCAUGAAAAUGCCUUCAUCGUCUUUAUCACGUCAGCUCUGGGCCACAUGCUCCUGACGUGCAUCCUCUGGAGGAUGACUAAGAAACACACAGUAAGUCCCGAGGAGCGCAAAUCCUACAAGUGGAAGCAGCUGUUCUUCUUCAUCACCUUCAUCACCUUCUCCAUCGCCGUCUGUGUCUAUUUCCACCACAACUGGUACUGCAGACCUGGAGUGUACACUAUCUUCGCUUUCCUGGAGUACGUGGUGGUCUUCUCCAACAUGGCCUUCCACAUGACAGCCUUCUGGGACUUCGGCAACAAGGAGCUGGUGGUGAGCUCAGUGCUGGAGGACAAGCACUUCUAAGUGGGUGCCACGGGGCUGAGCGGCUCCCGUGGGUGCCACCCCAUGGCGUGGGCUGGGGGCUGCGGACGUCCCCUGGGCUGAGCUCUGCAGGUGGGACCUGACGGCCGUGGCACCGUCCCGGUGUGGGACACGAGGGCUGACAGUCACUGCCUCCUUGCAGCGGGUUGGGCAGAGCAGCUGCUGCUCGUGGUGUUGGGCCCAUUCCCUGCGUGCCGCUUUCACCCCCAGGCUGAGGGGAUUUGUUGGGGACCCUUCAUCCAAAUCCCCCAAAAAGAACCCGUGGUCCAAAAGGUGGUCCGCAGCGCUGGGACUGUGGGCGCUUUGCUGCAGGGCUGUGUGUAGUGCUGGGCUGGGGGUCCCACGUCCCCAUCCGUGCGUGCCCCCAUCUCCCACCCGCAUGGGGCACACAGCCCCUCCCCGCAGCGCCUUCUCCCGGCUUUGGAGGAUGAAAUAAAGCACUGAGGAUUUUUGUGA